GUCCAGCUCUUGCAUUCACCAAUUGUACCAAGAUGGCCGUCGCUAUGCGUCAGUCGUGCGGCCUGCGUGCCACCACCGCCCGGCGCCAGGUUCCCCUGGGCCUGGGCCGCGCGUCCACUCUGCGCGUUGUGGCGAUGGCUGAUGCCGCUAAGAAGGCCCAGGUGAUCACCCCCGUUAACGGCGAUCCGUUCGUGGGUAUGCUGGAGACCCCCGUGACCUCGGCCCCAAUCGUCGCCACUUACCUGAGCAACCUGCCGGCCUACCGCACUGGCGUUGCUCCCCUGCUGCGCGGCGUGGAGAUUGGCCUUGCGCACGGCUUCCUGGUAGCUGGCCCCUUCAUUAAGCUGGGCCCGCUGCGCAACGUGCCCGAGGUUGCUGAGAUUGCUGGCUCUCUUUCGGCUGCUGGUCUGGUGCUGAUUCUGUCUCUGGCUCUCUCUGUCUACGGCUCGGCCCAGUUCCAGUCUGCGCCUAAGCUGGGCGUGAAGACCCUGUCGGGCCGCAGCGUUGCCCGCGACCCGCUCUUCUCCGCUGAUGGGUGGGCUGAGUUCACUGCUGGCUUCCUGGUCGGUGGUGAGGCUGGUGUUGCAUGGGCUUACGUCUGCACGCAGAUCCUGCCGUACUACUCGUAAGGGCCUGGAAGCAGCUCUCUUACAUACCUAGGGUCUGUUGGGGCGCGGGUUAUGGCGGCUUCCUGGAGGUAGUCGUGAAGCCAAGGUCGGGUAAUUUUUUUGAUGAGCCGCGAGGGGUGGGACUCUUUGAAUGUUCCCUGUGAGGAAAUCUGUCACCGACUGCAGAGAAGAUGAUGUGUUAGACUGUAGCCGAUGUGUGUUGAACAGAUGAGGGUGACUUAUCGGUUCGUGUGCUCAUCAUUUCGACUCCCGCUUGGCUUUGUAAAAAACAUUAUGGGACUCGCU